AAAUAAUGCUGAACAGAUUGAAAUUUCAAGUCAAAAAAAUAUUUCGGAUGAUUCUAUGCAAUUGAACAUGUCAGGUGAUAAAUCUGUUUCUGAAACCGCACCCCAAGAAAUUGUAUUUUAUUUUUUGCUAGUAAAGGAUACAAAAGACAAAGACAAAAUAAUACAAAAAACAGAUAGAGAGUAUAUUUCUAUUGAAUUGGCUGACUAA